GUUUGGUUGGAUCCAUUGUUUGGCUGGUGUUUGAUUGCAUCGCCUGGAUGCAGCUCUGCGUUUCCGCUAUAAAGCGACGGGUCCUGCAGCUUGGGCUGCGGAGACCGGAGACAGGGGGAGAGAGAGGUCUCCCACAAAUCCUGCCUGCUCGGCUCCCUGCUCGGCUCUGGUUCAGUAUCAGUGGUUCGUUGUUUGGCUUCAGAUCCAGAAGGGAUCUCAUAAUUCAGAGAGCUGAGCUGUGGCAAGGGAGUGAGAGAUAAAAAAUGGGGAUCGGAGAUGGAUCAUCAAACGGGAACCAACAAUCAGCGCGUAAGGAAAUAAGAGAUGAGACCACGCCACUUCUUCCGGUCAAGGUGGAGGAGGACGACGGGUUUCAUGAGUUCAACGGUGCUUCAUUCUCGGGGGCAGUUUUCAAUCUGUCGACCACUAUAGUUGGGGCUGGAAUUAUGGCCCUUCCAGCAAGUAUCAAGAUGCUGGGAAUCAUCCCAGGAAUUCUGAUGAUCAUCAUUGUGGCACUGCUCACAGAGGCAUCCAUCGACAUGCUUGUCAGGUGCAGCCACCAGGGCAAGAUUACAUCAUAUGGGUGGCUGAUGGGUGAGGUUUUUGGGCAGUGGGGGAGAAUUGCACUGCAGGCAUCCGUCAUUGUAAACAACGUCGGUGUGCUAAUUGUCUACAUGAUAAUCAUUGGUGAUGUAUUGUCUGGAACAACGUCAGCUGGCGUUCAUCAUCGUGGUAUAUUGGAGGGCUGGUUUGGAGCUCAUUUGUGGAAUUCCCGUCCUAUUGUUCUUCUUGCUACAGCUCUUCUGGUGUUUGCUCCACUGGUGAGCUUUAAGCGUUUGGAUUCAUUGAGGUACACAUCUGCGCUAUCAGUUGCCCUGGCAGUGGUUUUUGUUGUAAUUACUGCUGGAAUUGCUAUCAUCAAGCUCUUCAAUGGAACUGUAGCAAUGCCCAAACUUUUUCCAGAAUUAGAUGGUCUUAAUUCUAUCUGGAAUCUUUUUACAGCUGUCCCUGUUCUUGUUACUGCCUACAUCUGCCACUAUAACGUUCACAGCAUUGACAAUGAACUUGAAGACAGAACACAGAUCAAACCAAUCGUGCGAACAUCUCUGGUCCUGUGCUCCAGUGUUUACAUUGCCACAAGCUUCUUUGCAUAUCUCCUAUUUGGUGAGGGCACACUGGAUGACGUGCUUGCCAACUUUGAUGCAAAUCUUGGCAUCCCGUUCAGCUCAGUCUUUGAUGAUAUAGUGCGAGUGAGCUAUGCUGCACAUGUCAUGCUUGUCUUUCCCAUUGUCUUCUUUGCCCUUCGGCUCAACUUGGAUGGAUUGCUCUUCCCCACAUCAAGGCACAUUUCUCGUGACAAUAAGAGAUUUGCGAUCAUCACCAUCUCUCUCCUCACAGUAAUUUAUCUUGCUGCAAUUCUUAUACCAAGCAUCUGGGAUGCAUUCCAGUUUACUGGCGCCACAGCUGCUGUCCUUAUCGGUUUCAUCUUUCCUGCCAUGGUCAUACUUAGGGAUUCUUAUGGAAUUGCUACCAAGCGUGACAAGAUCCUUGCUGUGACCAUGAUCGUGCUUGCUGUUCUCUCAAAUUCUGUUGCCUUAUACAGUGACGCGAUGAACAUCUUCCGUAAGAAGGAGGUGGCCUAAACUUCAUGCUUAAAAGGAGAGUUGUCGUCGAUGCAGGAAGCGCAGAUUCAUAUUGCAAAAUUCAGAUUCUAUGAAGAAAGACGCUGAUGCAGUUGCAUGCAUGAAGGGAUAUGAUCUCUUUGUUCACACCUGAGAAUCCAGCCACUUGAAAGAAUUGGAUGCUUGUAGUUGUGUGGUUUUCUGUACACAGAUCGGCUCAGUGCCCAGUUGAGUCGCUUGCAAUAUAUGUGUAUUCGAUGUGCUUGUAUUAGUGGAGAAGAGAGUAUGGCUCGGAAAAGGUUUCCUUCCACAAUAAUGUAAAGUUGUACCAAUGUCCGUGUUUAAUCAAAAUGUUUCAAAUGUGGAUGUCACGAAUAAGAAGUAUAUGAUGGGUACAGUUCCCAUGUUACCAUCAUUUCAUUUA